AUGGCGGCACCAAAGAUUAUCGUCUUGGGCAGCCUCAAUGGCCAGCUAGAAACCGCCUUCAAGAAGCUCGCAACGCUACAUUCCAAGAACAACUUCUCCAUGGCCAUCCUCACCGGCGAUGUGUUCGGCCCCGACGACGACGACGCAGUUUCUGCCCUAUUGAAUGGAACCCUGGAAGUCCCUCUACCAACCUACUUCACCAUUGGUAGCAACCCUCUGCCCCCGCGUGUCGUCGCCAAGGUCGAGGCCGAGGAGGACAUCUGCCCAAAUCUCCACUUCUUGGGCAAGCGCAGCAUCACCAAGACAUCUGACGGCGUGCGCAUCGUCGCCUUGGGUGGUCAGCUCGAUACAAACAUUGUUGCAGGCCAGUCGAAGGAGCAACACCUGCCCCUCCACACCGUCGAUGAUGCGAACAGCCUGCGCGGCGCCAACAGCGCUGAUAUCCUCUUGACCUCGAUGUGGCCCGCAGGCGUAUGGACCGGCUCCCAAGUUGCUCUCGAUCCCACGAACCAAGCCUCCAUAGCUGUUUCGGAAUCUAUCGCCCAUCUAUGUGCUACUCUCAAGCCUCGGUACCAUCUAUCCGCCUCGCCAAGCAACUUCUUCUACGAACGCGAGGCCUUUGUGCAUCCUACCAAAGAGUCCGAAACCCCUGCCGUCACGCGAUUUAUCUCGAUGGCGCCGUACGGCAAUGACGCCAAGGCAAAGGCGAUAUAUGCUUUCAGUCUUAACAAGGCUGACGUUGCUAUUCCCACGGGCGCUACGUCGUCGCCCUUCAACGCCCCCAAGAAGCGCCCGGCGAAAGACGACUCAUACAGCCGAUAUGGCCGCGACGAUCGUGAGAGGGGCUAUCGUGGUCGACAGAAGCAUCGCCAUCGGUCUCCUCCACCUGGUCCCGACAGAUGUUACUUCUGUCUCUCCAAUCCUAAUCUCGCUGUUCAUAUGUGCUGCAGCAUUGGCAAUGAUGCCUACGUCUCAACUGCAAAGGGCCCUCUCCCUACCUCUUCCACCUUUGCUGAGCAAGGCCUCUCUUUUCCUGGGCACUUCAUCAUCGUCCCGCUUCCACACAACCCCACGAUCCCAAGCAUUGGCUCCGUCUCGGAUCCAGAGGGUGACGCCGUAAAGGCGUACAACGAGAUGACGCGCUUCCGCGAGGCGAUCCAGGCCAUGAUUGCCAGCAAGAGCUCCCACAAGCUCGGCGUCGUCACAUGGGAGAUUAGCCGUGAGCGCAACGUCCAUCUCAUCUGGCAACUUCUUCCCCUGCCGGCCGACCUCAUUUACAAGGACGUCGCCGAAGCUGCGUUCCGCGUUGAGGCUGAGAACCAGUCUUAUCCAGCCUUCACCACUCGCGACCUCACCCUCGCGCAGCAGGCCGAGUCAGGGGGCGACUUCUUCCGCGUGUGGCUUUGGGCAGACGACGGCGAGGACCGCAUUAAGGGUAAAACCCUCGUCAUGCCGCUGCCCUCUGACAUGCGCUUCGAUCUGCAGUUUGGCCGCCGGGUUGUGGCCAAACUCCUGGGGCUCGAGGACCGCAUCAUCUGGAAAGACUGUGAGCAGACGGUCGAGGAGGAGACAAAGGAUGUAGAGGCUUUCAGGGAGGCGUUCAAGGAAUGGGAUUUUGCUGCUUGA